CACGUGUCUGAACUCUCUCGAUCAUCAUACGCAAGCGAAGUGAAACCAGAGCCGUAGGAUCUAGGGUUCAUACGAGAUGCCGAAGAACAAGGGUAAGGGAGGUAAGAAUCGCAAGAGAGGGAAGAACGAGGCCGAUGAUGAGAAGCGAGAACUCGUAUUCAAAGAAGAUGGGCAGGAAUACGCUCAGGUAUUGAGGAUGUUGGGAAAUGGCCGCUGUGAAGCCAUGUGCAUCGAUGGCAUCAAGCGUCUCUGCCAUAUACGUGGUAAAAUGCAUAAAAAGGUCUGGAUCGCUGCCGGUGAUAUCAUACUUGUCGGUCUCCGUGACUACCAGGACGAUAAGGCUGAUGUAAUCCUGAAGUACAUGCCUGAUGAAGCCCGGUUGUUGAAGGCCUAUGGUGAGCUGCCAGAGAGCACGAGGCUUAAUGAAGGUAUUGCCGGUGGACUUGAUGAGGAGGACGAUGGUGGUGGUGAUGAUUACAUCGAGUUUGAGGACGAAGACAUUGAUAAAAUCUAGUUUGUUGCCUUUCCAAUUUAUAAUACCUUUCGAUAUUAAAUAUUCGAAUACAGAAGCAGGAGGGAUAUACAUAUCGUGUGCAACUUUUUAAGUGUUGUUAUGAAUUCUUUUGUGGGUUUUUAUGCUUGACCAUUUAUGUGACAUGGAUGCAAUAAUAUGAAGUUACUUUCUUUUUAUCCAA